AUGGCUCGUACGAAACAAACAGCGAGAAAAUCAACCGGUGGAAAAGCACCCAGGAAACAACUUGCGACCAAGGCAGCACGGAAAUCAGCUCCAUCGACUGGUGGUGUUAAGAAACCCCAUCGUUAUCGUCCAGGUACUGUUGCUUUGCGUGAAAUUCGACGUUAUCAGAAAUCGACCGAAUUGCUUAUUCGUAAAUUGCCGUUCCAGCGUUUAGUACGUGAGAUUGCGCAAGAUUUCAAAACUGAUCUCCGCUUUCAGUCGGCCGCUAUUGGUGCUUUGCAGGAGGCGAGUGAAGCUUAUCUUGUUGGGCUUUUUGAAGAUACGAAUCUGUGUGCUAUUCAUGCAAAACGUGUCACCAUCAUGCCAAAGGAUAUUCAGUUAGCUCGCCGCAUUAGAGGUGAACGUGCGUAA